CCACACAUCCUAGAGCAAACCAAACGACUAUCCCAGAAUCUGUCAGUGGAUUACUUCGAUGAGCACAGGGACCCCUUCCAAAGACAGAGGGCCCUGAGCGCGGUCAGCAUCCUCACCAUCACCGUGCAGGAACAAGAAAAAUCACAGGAGCCUUGCCUCCCAUGUGGGGGAAACCUGGCAUCCAAAUACCUCGUGUGGAACUGUAGCCCCCAGUGGGUGUGCAUUAAGAAGGCCCUGAGAACCGUAAUGACUGACCCAUUUACUGAGCUGGCCAUCACCAUCUGUAUCAUCAUCAACACUAUCUUCUUGGCCAUGGAUCAUUACAACAUGCGCCGGAGUUUUGAUUCUAUGUUGCAUAUAGGGAAUUUGGUUUUUGCUGGCAUUUUCAUGGCAGAAAUGUGCCUAAAAAUUAUUGCGCUUGAUCCCUACAACUACUUUCGCCGAGGCUGGAACAUUUUUGACAGCAUUGUUGCUCUUCUGAGUUUUGCAGAUGUGAUGAACAGUACAGUUGCAGGGAAAAAAAAAAGCCUGCUGUUUUUCCGUCCCUUAAGAGUGCUGAGAGUCUUCAAGUUAGCCAAAUCCUGGCCAACUUUAAACACACUGAUAAAAAUAAUUGGCCACUCCGUUGGAGCCCUGGGAAACCUGACCGUGGUCCUGGCUAUUGUGGUCUUUAUUUUCUCAGUGGUUGGCAUGCAGGUCUUUGGCUCUAAAUUCAAUUCUAUAAAGAGCAAUAAAACAUCCUGUGGCCCUACAGCCCCAUGUUUACGACGGUGGCACAUGGGGGAUUUCUACCAUUCCUUUCUGGUGGUAUUCCGCAUCCUCUGUGGGGAAUGGAUUGAAAACAUGUGGGAAUGUAUGCAAGAAACAAAUCAAGCACUGUGCAUUGUCGUCUUUCUGUCGAUCAUGGUGAUAGGAAAACUUGUGGUACUCAACCUCUUCAUUGCCUUGCUGCUCAAUUCCUUCAGCAAUGAGGAGAGAGAUGGAAACUUGGAUGGAGAGUCCAAAAAAACCAAAGUCCAGUUAGCCCUGGAUCGGUUCCGCCGGGCUUUUUGCUUUGUAAUACAUACUCUUCAGCAUUUUUGUCACAAGUGGUGCAGGAGUCAAAACUUACCAAGGCAAAAAGAGGUGACAGGAGGCCCUGCUGCCAAAAGCAAAGACAUCAUUCCACUGGUCACAGAGAUGAAAAAGGGCCCAGAGAUGAGGGAGCAGCAUGACCGGACUUGGUUGGCCCCACUUGCAGAGGAAGAGGAUGGUUUUGAAUCUCCUGGUGAAAAUAAUGCACAGUGUGUCACACAACCUGAGGCUGGAAAACAGGCCUUUGAACUCCAUCAGGUGACCAAGAAGUCCAUAAGCCCAGGAGCUCAAAGUGUGGAAAUUGAUGUGUUCCCUGAAGAUGACAUAUGUUUGUCAGAAAAGGAUCCCCAAAAGAAGUGUGAUACUACCAGUGUGCUCUCAGAAUGUAGCACCGUCGAUCCACAGGAUCCCUUUGGGUGGGUGCCUGAAAUGAUUCCCAAAAAAGAACCAGAGAGAUGUUUUCCCAAAGGCCUGGGUCACUGCUUCCCAUGCUGUGCCAUGGACAAGAGAAAGUCCCCCUGGAUCAUUUGGUGGAACCUGCGAAAAACUUGCUACCAAAUAGUGAAACACAGCUUAUUUGAGAGCUUUAUUAUCUUUGUGAUUCUGCUGAGCAGUGGGGCACUGGUAUUUGAAGAUGUUCACCUUGAGAAACGACCCAAUAUCCAAGCAUUACUUAAUUGUACUGACCAUAUUUUCACAUACAUUUUUAUCCUGGAGAUGGGUCUAAAAUGGGUGGCCUUUGGAUUUGGGAAGUAUUUCACCAGUGUCUGGUGCUGGCUUGAUUUCAUCAUUGUGAUU